CUUAAGGGCCGCCCGCCUGAUCGCGAACAGCUGACGCAACAACCGCCAGCGAUCACGUGAUCAGCAGGAAUGAAACAGGAUCUGCUCAUGCACAUGCUCUGUAUGUUCCUCUUCGUUAUAAAGUUGUAGGCUGGUCAUGGUGUCGACGCGCUUCGACCAGCGGCUGCAUGCGGCUGCGGUGCGCGGCGACGUGGAGGAGGCGGUUCGGGUGCUCGACACGGGCCGGGUCCACGUCGACUGUGCCGACCGGGAUGGCACGACGCCGCUGAUCCUCGCCGCCGCCAACAGCCACGUGGCGCUCGUGAAGGAGCUGCUGGACCAAGGCGCCGAACCCAACGCCACCAGACACACGGGGACGGGGGCGCUGUUCUUCGCUGCCCAGGGCGGCUUCCUCGACAUCGUCACCAUCUUGCUCGAUAAUGGCGCCAAAAUCAACCAGGCCUCGAAGGACGGCGGAACUGCUCUCAUCGUAGCAGCGCAGUGCGGUCACCUGGACGUUGUGACCGAGCUGCUGAGACGCAACGCCGACCCCAACACAGCCAUGAAGGACCGAGCCACCGCGGUCUUCGUCGCAGCGCAGAACGGCCACACCAGCGUCGCCAGGUUUCUCCUCAACGCCGGGGCCAAGGCCAACGUGAGGCGGUUGGACGGCGCUAGCCCACUGUGGAUUGCUUCACAAAUGGGACAUCAAGGUGUUGUGCGUCUCCUACUGAGUCAUGGUGUCAAUCCAGAUAUCUGCAGACACGAUGGAGCAACACCCUUGUUCAAGGCUGCCCACAAGGGACAUGUGGAGGUUGUCCAUGAGCUGCUUCCCUAUAAGCCUUGUCUGGGUCUCCUAAGGAAUGGAGAAUCUGCUCUGCAUGCAGCAGCAUUGUAUGGUCAUGUCCGAGUCUUAAAGGCAUUGGUGCAAGCAGGUGCUGAUCCCGGCCUCAAGAAUGAUCAGGGUCUUACCCCAAUACAGAUUGCUGCUCAGGCUCGACACCCAGAGGCCGUCCAGCUACUGAAAGAUGCCCAGUCUAAAAGGAAAGAAGGAGCGCAAACACCACCCAAACAGACAUCACCUGGGCCACGAUCCCCUCGCCUUGUGCAGAGCAUGAGUGGCAAUGUUACCUCUGGGCUAGGGAGUCAGAGUAGCAGCCGAGGUUCUUCUCGAAAUAGCUCCUUAGGUACUAUCGUAGAAACCAGCCCAGUACUGCCGCGCUCUGUAAGCUCUCCAAGUAACUCGCGUCCUGCCCAGUAUGUUUCAUGUGAAUUGAGUAACAUUGUGGAUGGUGGAGCACGUCCAAGAUGCCAUGGAGGUACUGGUUCUUGUACAUCUGUUGCUGGCCACAAUGCUUCCUCUAACCCUUCGCCAUCUCCUAGUAUUUCCAGUGAACCUUCACAGUCCAUGAUCACAGCCCUGCAGAAGGCCCCACGACAUGCCUCUCACACUGAUGUUAGCAGUGUUAAAAACAUUUUCCGUAGAACUCUUGCAUCCUUUAGGCGAUCCAGUAUAGCAAAAAGAAGUGACAAACCACACGAACCAUGACAACUCUCAAUGUCCUCUUUAACUCCCCUUUUUCCAUACUUGUUUGCUUUCCAGACUGUAUGAUAUUUUCAGUACAAAUGCCUAAUAAAUCUCUGGUGAUAUUAGGAUAGAAGGACUUAUAUCGGGAUGUUCUUUUUAGGAAUUCAUGGUGCUGAAAUUUUAAAAAAGAAAACUGAAAUUAUGAAAAGCUAUCCGGAGAAGUUAUGAUAAGUUGAUGUAUUACAAUAGUGUUUUACUUUUUUUUUUAACAUCAACUGACUUUAAUACAGAGUCUUUUAAAUAUUUAUCAUUAUAUUAUUGUUAAUAUACCAUUUAUGAGUUGAUAGAAAAGCCUACUGAGUGAUGAGUGUUGUGCUACUUUUUGCCUGAAUGUUUCUCAGGUGUUAGGUUUUGGUGAAGCAGCAAUGGAGACUAGUAUUUUCUCCAAAAAUACCUUGGUGUAACUUAUGCAAGGCACAGUAAAUGGAAGUUCAAGAUCUAUUUCAGUAUGAGGUGGUUUUGUUUUAUUAUUAUAAAAAGUUAACAUUUAAAUUUUAAUAGGAGAGAAUAGUGUUAGGACACUUAAGGUAUUGUCUGUAGAGCAAAAAAGAAUGAAUUACUGGGCAACUGGUUUUGGUGCUCAUAAUUAAUAAUAGUAAUAAUCAGGUAAUGAUUAGGAAUUGCAUUGGACAUGGAAUACUCUGAAAAUGUUAACUGCACAACCUAACAAAGGCAAUAUCAUAUAAUGAAAUACCCAUAUUUGAACUUGAAAACAUUUUGCCUACUAGAAAGUUUGUGAAUUUUUUCAGUAAAAUUUCACUUACACUUUCAGUUCAUUGGGACUUAAUUUUGGUUUUGAAAACAGAUGUGACUUUCUGUCUCAGAUGUUCAUUAUCUGAUACUUAAUGGAAGGUUACUGUUGAACUGGCUAGUGUUCAGGGUGGCACAAUUAGAGGCAAGUCCAGAUGAAUGGGCCUGAUCAGCAGACAUGCCCAGAAGUGACAUCAGACGUGGGCUAAACUACUGGCUAUAACAACCAAUUUGCAAGCGGAAGGGGUUGUUUAGCCAGCCUCUAAUGGCACUUCCUGGACAUGCCAGCCAAACAGGCCUGAUCAUCUGGACAUGCCUUUACUCUUUUCUUGAACAUUUAAGUUGCUUGGGAAAACAAUCAUAUCUACUUUGAAACUACAGGCAUUAAUGCUACUGAAGAGUCUUGCCUAUAUAUGGUCCAAUCAGCUAUUAUAGGCCUAUUUGUGAAGCUGAUUCUGGUAGGGGUCAGGAGAGAUUUUGUUUUGCCUAGGUAAUAAGUUCCUUUAGGAGGGUAUAGAAUAUUUGAAAUCAUUUAACAUACUUUGGGCCUGAACCUGGUUGAGCCUGAAACAGGGAUAUAGGUGGAAUAAGAUGAUGAAAAAGCAUUUAGGUCUAUGCUUAUUGUCAGGUACUGUAACCUAAACAUCAUGUUCUUAAACUUGUUUAAAAGAUAACACAGAUCUACAGCUAUGUUAUUCUAUGGAUAGUGUUUAUACUCUGUGAGUAUAGAAUAUCCAUUAUUUUUAAACCACAAGAUAAGAUAGCAGUUGCUCAGCUGUGAAAUCUGGACAAAAUAUGUUGAAUGAAUGUAUGUGAUUUUAUAUUGGAUAUCAUAAUGACAAUAGAUAGGUAAUGAUGAAACAUAGAACAGAGAGGCUGAAGAUACUGAAAGUUUUAUAUUGAUCACAAGACUUGAACUACAAGUUAAAUCUUUAGUUGUGGUCAGAAAUUAUUGCAUAACCUUAGAUACUUACUGAGGACAUGUAAUUGAUCACACUUUACGUCUGACUGCAUCUGUCUUCUGCCAUUAUGAGGAGGCUUGAAAGCUUUUACACCUGGUGCUUUGCUGGUACAGUGUGCCACUUGUGUGUCUGAACACGUGGUGACUUGGGGUUUC